GGACGUGUAGGGGAAUAUGUAAAUAUAGUGGAUAUUUUGGAUGUUUUUCUUCUGGGUUUCGUAUGCAAAUGCUUUGUAGUUCUGGAUUGAGGUGCUGAAUAUUCGGAAACAUUUUUUGAAAUUGUAGGUACAGACUUAUUAUGUGUGAAGUAAAAUUUUCUCAAUCAGCAUUUUGUCAUAGUGUGAUCAGAAAUAUUACUUUUCUGUAGUAUCCUAAUCACUUUGUCUGGAUGUUACAUGAAAAAGAUACGUCUCCUCGAAACAGGGUCGAUUUGUACUGUGUAUGUAGCCGAUAGCACCAAAAUUUUUUGAGUCUAUGCCUCUCUAAAUGAUCUCCACUUGAAACUAUCGGGACACAAGUCUAGGAAGUUUGACACGAAGCUCUUGUCAGAAGAGCUGGUCUUCUGUUCCAUGCCACAGCAUCUGCCUUUUCUGCUGCUUCAGAAUAGAGGGAACCUCUUUCACACAAAUAGUGAUAACGCAAUGUUUCUCGACUGCGUGGCUCUUCAUUGCUGUUAGCAGAGCUAAUUACAGAAUCUGUAGGGUUUUGCCCAUCUGUUUGCUUGUUUUGCAGUUAUUAUUGAACUUAUUUUUGUUAGUGUUCAUAGGCUCAUCAAGGUGGUGGACUGCACUGAAAUAUAAAGGAAGACUGUGGUCUUGUCCUCAAAUGCGCUGAUUUUCAUCCUGGCUACUGCACUGUGUGCAAGAAAACAGCCAUCAAUUCUUUGUAUGUGCUUAGACCUUGAAAAGGGGAGGGAAUGAAUCUACUGAGUGCAAAAUAUGAACAGCCCUUCUAAAAUUCUUCCCUUCUCUUCUGCCCAGGCUGUGUCUGCAGGUCUUGUCCACGUAAACAAAGCUAAAAAGGAAUGGCAGAGCACACAGCUCUGGAGUCUGCACAGACUCCUCAUUAGUCAGAAAGUCAGUGAUGACCCAGAUGGAGCGCUCUUUUUGUUAGGCUACAAGAGCAGAAGCCACUGUAAUAAUGUCCAUUUUGGUACCCUGUCGUGUGCCUUUCUGAGAUGCACAAAGUUUCUCUGGAUACUCUAGUAGUGGAAUGGGGUGAUGACGUUAAAGCGCUGUCAGAAGAUGAGGCCAUGGUGCUGGUGAACCAUCAAGCAACGGGUGACGUCUGCACUCUGAUGAUGUGCCUUCAGGACAAAGGCACGGUUGUCCGUCAGAUGAUGUGGCUGAUGGAUCAUAUUUUUAAGUAUACAAACUUUGGCAUUGUGUCUCUAAUCCAUGGAGACUUCUUUAUAAGACAGGGAAGAGCACACCGUGACCAGCAGCUUGUGUUACUCAAGGAGCAUCUAGAAAAAUAUUACAGGAGCCGCAAUCGGAAAUGGAUUGUUUUAUUUCCAGAAGGUGGCUUUCUUAGGAAAAGGAGAGAAACAAGCCAGGCAUUUGCCAAGAAAAACAAUUUGCCAUUUCUUAAACACGUCACCCUGCCAAGACUUGGGGCGACACAAGUAAUUCUGAAAACGCUUGUAGCACCACAAGAAAAUGGAACUCCAGCAGGUAGAGACGCUGUGCUAAAAGAGAGCAAAUCAAAAGGCCUCCAGUGGGUGAUAGAUACAACCAUUGCGUAUCCCAAAGGUGACCCUAUAGACAUCCAAACUUGGAUUCUUGGCUACCGACAACCGACAGUUACACAUGUACAUUACAGGAUUUUUCCAGUUAAAGAUGUACCUGCGGAGCCUGAAGCUCUUACACACUGGCUAUAUCAGCGAUUCAUUGAAAAGGAAGAUCUCCUGACACAUUUCUAUGAAACAGGAGCUUUUCCUCCACUGCAGGGUCAAACAAAAGCUAUUUCUCGGGAGAUGACCCUCAGUAACCUGUGGCUAGUCGGCAUACAAUCACUUGCGUUUUUGUCAGGCGGUAUGUGGUACUGCAUCUUUCAGUAUUUUUAUCAUUGCCUGUUUUAAAAGUGGAAUGGGACCUGAGGACACAAUGGGAAUCCGGGCUCUUGCAAGUGAGUAUCAUGUUGUAUGUGCAAAUGUGAAUAUGCAAGAGUAAAGGAAAAUACUGGACGGACUCUUACUUCUCUUUGGGGAAAUUUUAAACUCCACUAAACGUGAAGAUCAGUAACAUAGUGACCUGAUGAUGUAUUAUUUUAAGAAUUGUCUGUAUUUUUAAAAAAAUGUAUACUCUCACCCACACUUAAGCAAGUUCAGCAUUUGGACAAAAGGUGCAAUCGUACAUCCACCGUAGAAGAAUGUCUGUGACAAGAAAGCUCUGUCACCACAAGUAUUUCUUGGCAUUGUAGUUAGAGCUCAGACAACUCAGCAACUUGUCUCUUCAGUAGUCUGUACAGUGUUGGUGUGGUAGAGAUUCCUCAUUUGCACAAACUUGUACUUUAUUGCAACUCAUUGUGCUGGAGUCAAAGAUACUCGGCAGAGCUGGUGGCGGUAUCUUUGCGGCUAUGCACUCAGCAGCUGCUGUGUUAGACACAUCGAUCUAAAACCAAGACCCAAAUAAGAUCAAGCGUCAGUUGUGUUUUGUGAGGAAUUGGUCCUCAGAAAAGCGUCGCAGCAUCAUAGCGUGAUUAAAAGCUGCCCCCAUCCGACGAAUCAGCCCAUCCCUGCUGUGAUCUUAACCAUCAUCAUCUUUGUGAAUUCUGUGUGCUACCAGCAUCUCGCGUUAUGAGGAAACUUGGAAAAUAGAAAGUCACUUGGUUUAUUUUCCCUUCUGUUCAGAAUGCAUCUCAAUGAUCGUUGUCAGUUUUCAAAAUGCACUUUUAAAGGUGAAAAUACAGUGAAGGAAAGACGUAAGACUUAGGGAAUGGGGGAAAGCUUUAUUUGUGAGGCACUGGAAGCCAGAGCAAUUCUGUGUGUUUCUGAAGGUCUGAUGGUGCUGCUGGUGAUUUUUAGCCACCUUUGUAUUUUGUAUCCUGCAGUCCAACCAAGGUGACCUUGGAGUGGUUUAUAGAGGCCUUUUUCUCCCCACUAGUUGCAACAGUGUUAAAUAUAGGUGGGGGAGAGUUUAAAUAAUCCAAUGCCAACCAUCUUAAUGUUUUUCUAAGGAGUAAUAGAAGAGAAACUAGUUUCUUAAAAAUUAAAAAUAGGUAUAAUUGCUAUCUUAAAUCUGUAGGAAGACACUACUGCAAAAAAAAAAAAAAGAAUGGUAAAUACUCUGAAUAAGUAACUACAUGGAGGGCAGUAUAAAUAAUGAGCUCACCACUGUGCUGAAAUCAUACUGGAAGAAGGAUGAGUUGAAUUUAAAGGCAAACUGGAGUAGAAGACAUUUCAGAUGUGUACCGUAGGAUACUUUUGAAAGGAUGUGGAUGACGUACAGUCUUCUGGCAGGUCUAGUUGGCAUCGUGUUUAUGUGAUUAUACACAGAUUUGAGAGAGCUGUUCCUAAAAUAAAACUAAUCUCUCUAAAUACAGGCAGGAUAGCCAGAACUUCAGAUGUUGGCAUACUGCCUUUUACAGAGUAAUUUUACUGAGAACAAAAUAAGCCCUCAGUAGUUUUGGCUCAGAGUUAGCAGUAUUGAUCCCCCUUCUCUCUCCCGCUCCUGCUACAUGAAUCACAGUGGGUGCCGUGCAGAAUACAAAUCUCAGUUCCCUUUGCAGGACGAGCCAAGAGCACACCAAAAUAGGAGGCAAUGCCAGUUUCCCUGACUUAAUGGCAAAUACCUAGUCAAAUACGCCAGCCCUGUCUCCCUAAAAGCAGUAGCUUUAUCCUCAGGUAGCUCAGUGGGGAUGGUUGCAAAGUGAUGCUCUGCACUAAGUUCCCCUGAACUACGUAGGAGGCCCCUCAUUGACUUAGAAGAACCGUGGCAGCUGGGAGGCAGAAGAGGGUGGUUGCCACAGCUUCAUCUCUUAGGUAAGAUACUGUUUCUGAAUCCCACCUCUUUACACCCAGUCACACAGCUGAAUUCUGGUGCAACAUAAAAUCCAUUUUGGAAGAGGCAUGCCCCGACAGGGAGGCGGUCUUGGGAGGAUUUUAUUUUGUCUCCCGUUGCUCAUGCUGAAGUACAGCUGAUGGAAUGAAUGUAUUUAAUCUGCCAGUUUACAGGAGGGUGCUGGGGCGGCCCAGCACCAUCACCGUGUAAGCGGUCAUGUCUGCAGCACGUGGGCGUAAACAGACUCUCCGAACUGCAAAAAGCAGAUGAGAAGCUCCUCAUUUCUGUCCUCCGCCAGGUGGUUUGAUCAGAGCCACAGAGAUGCCCACAGUACAGCUGGGUUUAUUUUGAGCUAGGACAGACUGGAGUGAUACAAAAAGGGAAGUUUUAUAUAAGCAGAAGAUUGCACAGCAGUAGCUCCCAUCAGGAGGUUGUUCUUUGUAGACCCUGUGACCUCUGUGUCAGGGCACACUGUUUUUUCAAAUGCAGUGUAUAUAUAUAUAUUUUUUUUCCAGUGGAUUGCAGUCAAUAGCGAGUGUUCACAUGCUGCCUAAAGAAAUUAGUAACGCGCAAUAAUGUUUUAGAUAAUCAUUUGAUUUAUCUGGUCCUGUUCAUUUUCACUUUGUUCCUCCGUAGUUCUUAGCUAUUGUGAGACGUUUGUUUUCAAGCACUGAUUGUUGUUUCGGUAGGGUGAGUAAAUAGUUUUAGCUCUUGGGCUUCUUUCCUGCCUGCACUGGACAAUGUGAAGAGCCCUAUAUCGUGUCUCCUCACAGCUGAGGAGCUGUAGGUGACAGUGGAGUGAACCCCUUGUUAAGAAACUCUGAAGUACCCUCCCAGCAUGAACUUAGACGCUGCUUCACGAAAGAGAACAAAUCGGAUGAGAGAAGUUUUUCUAUUAAGGGGAAAAACAUUCAAAGUAUAGAACACAUAGGAAAUUCUAUGCUAAAAAUGCCAUGCUGGUCAAGACUGUUUGGAGCUUAGCAGGCGAGUUUGUAAAACCUGAAUUCCUGUUGGUAGCGGUUCGGUUCUGCCUUCUGGCCGGUGUUGGGGCUGCAGCGGGCACUUUGCUGCGCCGCCCGUGGGCUUCCCCUUCAGAGUUCCAAAUGCAUUUGAAAGAAGAUGGUGUUAAUGAACCGUACAGCUGAUCACAAAAUGAUUAGUUAAUAUAACUUUGAAUUUAUAUUAGGAGAAAUGUAAUAGAAGAAUGUAGAAAGUGAUACAGAAUGAAGAAUGACAGAAGAAACGCUCGCUGACAGCUGUUGCGUACAGAAGUGAGAACACAGCAAUUGUAAGUGGAUUGCCAGGGUUGCACACAAACCAUCUGUACGUUUCUGUGUUUAAUUGUUCACAAACAAGUUGUUACAAUUUCAACGAUGCAAGUCUUAAUGGUUUAGCAUUACUGCUCUUGAAAUGGCGUUAUAUGAUGUCUGUCUGCCCAUUCACAAUGAGCAGUGGUUUUUUCAGUGCCCUUCCCUGCAGGUUCUCUUGUAUUUUCUGUGUGGUUCUGUCAAGCUUCUCAACAAUGAUGUCUCUUGCAGGAGGGAUUUUUUUUUUAAGUUGUUCUCAUCAGAUUUCAAAAAGCAAGAUUUCCAUUUACCGUGCUCACUGGCAAACUGAAAGCUUCCUUUUCCCUCCUCCCUCCCCCAGCAUCAAAAGUAAGAUGCAUCUUGUUGCAGUAAAACUACAAUGAUCACUGUGGUACUGUUCAUUAGUCACUUGUUUUGCAAAUGAUGUAACUGAUUUGUUUCUGUCCGACACUGCCAUAAAGUGCUGUUAACUUUUUUCACCUGUUUGUACACGAUAAUACAGAUACCGAUCACUGUGUGUGACAGGAUUCAACUGCUCCACUUUGCCUUGACAUAAAAUUUUGGGACCAAAGGUACUUAAAACUGGGAUUUCCAAAUCAUGUGAGCGAGGUUGAAUGCAUUCUCUUGACAGUCAGCUGGAGAUUUUGUGGUGAUCUGCUACAAUCACACAAAAUAAUUGUACACCUGGGGUACUGUGUUGUUUGGAAAUAAUGGAGCCAUAUGAAAUAAAGGGUUAUUUUGCAAAAUGGCAUAUUUGAUAGUUUUUACACUCUUUUUUUUUUCAAAACAAUUUGAAGAGCAAAUGGAAACUGUACUCUGGUUUAAAAUGUCUGCAUACAUUAUGAACACUUCUGAGCAGCUUCAUUUUUGCUGUAAAAACUGUGGACUACCUGGCUAUGAUACAAAAGAAGUCUUUUAAAGGAUUCUAUGCAUUUUAAAGUUAAACCUUUCAUUUUAUCAUUGGAUAAUGAAGUAAUGAUACACUGAGCAACUGUCCUAUUAAAGUGAGCUAGUUCCUUAAAAUUACUCUACAAUGGUGUUCAUUUUGUAUGAUAAAAAUUCAUUUUCGCGAUACCAGUUUCAUCUCCAAUCUUCUCCUUCCCUCCUGUGUUUUCUGCAUUUUUGUUUUGUUUGAUAAAAUGGACGUAGUAGCCUGUAGUGACCCUCAGUGAUUUUGCAAAGGGCUGAUUGCGUUGGGAGUUAUUUUACUGAAUUUAUUUCAUUGGAUUUUUUUUUUAAUCCGAUUUUUCCAGCAGCCAAGAUGUCUUUCAGAACUGUAGACAGACACCAGAAGCAGCAUUUCUUUACAGAGUUUAUUAGGGGUCUUUUCCUUUUCUUUGCGGGGGGAGGGUGUGUGGCAAAAAUAAAGUUCAUUAUUUUUCAAGUUCACUUCAUGUGCUUCUAGUCCUUAGUAGACAAGAUGAUUUAUUGUGCUUAUGUCCAAUACAAUCUAUUGUGCUUACCGUAAACACAACAGAUAGUAAAACAACACCUUAGUUCACCGUACAGCUGCAGCGUUCAUCUGGGAGAGAUACCGUACGCUGCUCCAUAGAGCUCUCGUCAGGAAGGACACGGAGACAAACGUUGGUACGCCAGCGGCGCUGAGGGGAGGAGCGGAGCGGCGGGGACGAGGGGGGAGGCCGCUUCUGCCGCCCUCGCUCGCUCCAGCACCCGCUGGAAACUUGGGCAGCGCUGGGGCUGCGGUGUUUCUCCGCGGGUGGCUGCGCAGCAAUGAUCCCCCACAGCCCCCGAGAGAUGAGGGUGCCGAGAGCAGAACCUGGGCCACCAUCAACCGCAGAUUGUGGCCAUCCCAGAAGGGCGUCAGUCCAACCUCCUCGUUCGUGGGCAAGGCUGUGCUCAUUUUGUAGAUACGUGCGUUUGUUUCAGCGUGGUCCGUGUUUAAACAGCUCCAGCUAGGCAGAGCGGUAAUUCCAUGGCCCCGCCAGCUCACGCUCUCAGCUCUGUGUCACCUUCCGUCUUCAGUGCUGGUGCGUGAUACUGCAGCGUACAACAACGGGAAAAGGAACGCCGUGGAGUGUCGUCAGGCAUCUUGCACAACUUCCAAAACAGUGCCAUGGUUGUAGUUACAUCUACCUCUCUUUGUUUCCCUUCUGGGUUUUGUCUCGUGUUGCCAUGUGGUGUUUUUCUGUGAGAAGUGGGGGGAAUCGGGGAGCGGGAGGGAGAAAAGUGGGGGGGAAACUUGAAAUACGAACUUAAGACACUGGUGGGGGAUCCAGUGCUUACCAGCUGUGUUGUCAUAUUGAAAAAGCCAUUGUUUUUAAUUCCUGCCUAGUGUGAAAUGUUUGUUUUUAAAAAUCCUUCCUGCUGGAAAGAAAAAUGUAUUUUUAAAAGGAAAAAAAAAAAAAUCCCUCUUUUGGCUAUGAGAAUGUCAGCUGUAUGAGUUGUGACCAUAUCAUGACAUGCUGAUCAGAUAUAAAUAAAUUUUUAUCUCUCAGGA